AUGCCCCAGGGUGAAGGGAAUCCCGCCCGCAACGACAGCCUCAUGAACCACUUCAAUCCUGCCAUCAUUCUGGGCUGGCUGGCCAAUAUCGACAUAUCGCCCUGCACCAGCUUACAGGCAGUCAUUACAUCAGGUUUUGCCGCAUACAGCACACCACCAGCCCCUGUUGUCCUUCUCUCUCGCCUUAUGAAUAAGUUGAUUGCCGAGAGAGAUUAUUCAGCGCAGGAAAUUUCCCACUUGCUGCUCAACAUCCCUCUGCAGGAAGGCACUCGGAUGGUUGUGUACGUCGACUGCCGUCCGUUGGAGCAGCAUGUGCGGUCGUUCCGCGUCGACGAGGAUUCCUACAAUCUCAAGACGUGGAGGAGACUCGGUGCGAACGCGAAGAAGAGGUUGAUGAUGGCCCAUCCGCAUCGCUCUCCGGAGGAGCUGCUUGCUGUGGACGGGCAGCCGUUUGAGUCCUUUGCGGCGGCGUACCAGUGCUGCCGGCAGCGACACCAUUUCCAUGAGGACGACCAUUACGGCGAGGUGGGAGCAAAUGAGCUGCAGGCAGAGGACGAUGAGUUUCAGCGGGAGGAGCACGAAGAGCCUGUCGUGGAGGAAGAUUGGCAUGAACUCGCCCGUAUGCUGCCAGACCAUCCGCUGGAGGAGGAGGAUAUCGACGUGCUGGGCCGGCGAGAUGUCGACGUGAAUUAUGACUGGACUCCCACGUUGGACGUGUACGAUACGGUGAUGGGCCACUUUCUGACCCAGGCCUGUUCCCAGUUGUUACUCCAUGUGGACGGCGGCGGUGGCACGGGCAAAUCAUACCUCAUCAAUCUGCUUUCGGCGCACCUCCAAGCCGCCUCGGGCGGAAGAGGGACGCCUGUUUGGCGUGCCGCGCCCACGGGCGUUGCGGGAAAUCAGAUAUCGGGCACUACCUUGCACUCCCUGCUGCACCUCCCCAUCAACAAGGACUUCAAGCCCCUGUCAGCGAUCGACAAAGCUCAGCUCCAGAAGAAGCUAAAGGAUGUCAAGUACCUGAUCGUCGAUGAGAAGAGCAUGCUGAAGCCUCUUUAUUACGACAAGGAGGUGCAGGGGGUAGAGAUCAAGGGCAGGAACGCAUAUCGGCGCUUCGACAAGACGGUUUUCUUGAAGGUUGCCCAGCGUCAGCGCGGCGACGAUCAGGCAGCCCGUGUUCAGGCGAAGCUGGACGAUCAGGAGGUUGCCAAGUUCGUCAAUUCCCUACGAGUAUACGCCACGAAAGACAGGGUCAUGGCUAAGAACGUUGGCCCCGGUGCUGCUGCUGCUCCUGACGACAAGCCGGUUGGCCUCUGCAACGGUGCACGUGACCCUCCUGCGAAGAUUGUCCCGAUUCUGCCAGUAGACAGGGACUUCCUCGUCGGAGCCACACUCUGCACUCGUACGCAGUUUCUGAUCGUGUGCUACGCCAUUACAGUUCACAAGUCGCAGAGCAUCACCGAAGACAUGAUCGUGACGGAUCUGUCGUGCCGUGACUUUCAGACCGGUUUGAGCUACGUGGCCGUCUCGCGUGUGAAAACGCUGCAGGGUCUGAUGCUGGAUGCCCCGUUUGACCGCAAUCACCUGACUUAUGCGUCGCCGCCGGAAGGAAUUAAGAUGAAAAUGAAGGAUCAACAACUUCGCAAACGACAGGUUCUUACCCAGAAUCCGUAUAAGAUAGGCGACGGGUCUACGUAA